CGUGACGAGAUGUGUGUGUGCUGGCACAGACAGUUUUUUUUGUAAAAAAAAUUAUGCCGAAGUGCCUAAUGACCGAGUGCGUUUUUCUUUGACAUAUUUUAGUGUAAUUUUUAUUUGUGAUAGAACAUAUGUGUUACGUUUCGAACUGGUUUAGGUGUUGUUAAGAAAUCUCUAUUUUUAAUUAAUUUUAACAACAAAUAAAAUAACAAAACGAAAAAAAAAACUUGCUUCUCAAAACGUCAGUCGAUUAACCCUAGAACGCGCACGGCUCGGUCGUGGAGCGUGAUACAUCACGGGGACAGUGACCAUCAUCAGUGAUGGUGAUGGCCAGCGGCGGUGGCGGGCUGGUGCAGUCCCCGCCAGACAUGUUGCACCAUCACACCAUCAUGGACACGUCGUCUCACGUCGAAAUGAUGCCCAAGAAACUCCGCCUGUCCCUCUGCGUGGGAUGCGGCGGCCAAAUCCACGACCAGUACAUACUGCGCGUGGCGCCCGACUUGGAAUGGCACGCCGCGUGCCUCAAGUGCCAGGAAUGCCGGCAGUUCCUAGACGAAUCUUGCACGUGCUUCGUGCGAGACGGAAAGACGUAUUGCAAACGAGAUUACACUAGGUUAUUCGGUACGAAAUGCGACAAGUGCGGCGCAUCAUUUAGUAAAAACGAUUUCGUGAUGCGAGCGAAGACGAAGAUAUAUCACAUCGACUGUUUCAGAUGUUGCGCGUGCGCAAGACAACUAAUACCAGGCGAUGAGUUCGCGUUACGAGAAGGCGGUGCUUUAUAUUGUAGGGAAGAUCACGAUGUCUUAGAGAAAAGUGCAAACACGAGCAGCAACAGCGGUAACGCGGAAAGCAACAACAAUACAACACUUAGCAACAAUAAUUCACACCAUCCCCAUGAGCUGGGCUCUAUGUCAGAUUCGGGCAGUGAAUCAGGUUCUCAUAAGAGUGGUCGGGCGCGACCAGGAGCUGCCGCUGACGGAAAACCGACUCGAGUACGCACCGUACUAAACGAAAAACAGUUACACACACUUAGAACUUGUUACGCUGCGAAUCCGAGACCCGAUGCUUUAAUGAAGGAACAGCUGGUCGAAAUGACUGGUCUCAGUCCGAGGGUCAUCAGGGUGUGGUUCCAGAACAAACGAUGCAAAGAUAAGAAGAAGACGAUACAAUUGAAAAUGCAAAUGCAACAAGAGAAGGAAGGCCGCCGCCUGGGCUACAUGUCCAUGGGUGUGCCGCUAGUGGCGGGGUCGCCGGUGCGGCACGAGGCGGGCUCGCUGGCGCUGGAGGUGACGGCGUACCAGCCCCCGUGGAAGGCGCUGUCCGACUUCGCGCUGCACGCCGACCUCGACCGCGCGCCGCAGCACAGCGCCGCCUUCCAGCAGCUCGUCAACCAGAUGCACGGUUACGACAUACCCUCACUCCCGCCUCCACGGCCUGCUCACGGCGGGGAAGACAACUACGUCACUUACCUGGAAAGUGACGACAGCCUACCACCAUCUCCCUAGUGCCGUCUCUCCUAACCCCCUUCUAUGGAGGGAGACAGAUAAAGACAUUUCUAAAUUGGACAUCAAGCGAAUACGCAGCCUCGACGCGGUAGCCGCGAACGAUAUAGUGCUGUCUAAGAUUCUCGAGUAGAGAAGGAUAGAUAUAGACUUUUCUUACUGUCAAAAUAAAUUAGCAACAAUUCUCGACAUAUUAUUAUAAUAUUAAAAAAAAGUGAUAUGUGAUUUAAUUAAAUCCCUCGAUAUCGCCUUACGUUAAACUUAUAAGUAUUUCUGAAGUACUUCAUUAUCAAGUAUUAUUGAAAAGCCUGAAAGAUUUUUUUAUAUUUAAGUAAUCGAAGUCACAUUUUUAAAUAAGAUCACAUUUUUGAAAAGUAAAAACCGUAAUCAUUUCGUGACAUACAUAUAAUAUAUCAACACCCCAUGUGUGUUACUUUAUUCGUAAAUAAGGGUUUUUGCUAUUUAAAAACUGAGUUUAAAAUUGUGAUGUUACAUGGGUCAGUGCAAAAUAUUGUAAUAUAUAGUAUAAGUGGACUUGCCAGGUUUAUUCUGUAAUAUUGAUUGUAGUUUGAAAGCAAACAUCACGGUUAUAACGUUAAUUUCUUGUCAAAAUCUUAAUUUGUACAAAAUAAGAUUUUCACUUUGAUCUUUGUAAACGACUUGUUUACAAAUUCUAAGCUAUUUUUAAGUUACAUUUUCAAUUUAAAUGCUUAUGGAUCGUACUUAAAUCAUAUUUUACUUAGCAUUAUUUACUGUUAACAAUUAUGUGAUGUUUACCACUAGUUUUAUAAUAACUUAAAUGUAUUUACUUUUUAUUUAAUAUCACCUUUUAUUCACUGUGAAGAUCUGUUAGUAUUGUAUAUAAAUUUUGUGUAAAUAAAGUGUAUAAAACUUAGAUAUAAUAUACAUUUACCUGCGAACUAUUGAAUAAGCGUAUUUUAAAUAGAAUAAGUACUUAUUGCUAA